UUUAUUUUCAGAUAUCUGUAAUAGUAGACUAUACGAUCAUCACUAAUUCAGUAUAUGACAACACGGAUGAUACCGGCCACGCCCUUUUUUGAUGACGUAUUUUGUCAUCGGUUUAGUUAGGAUUCACGCGGACCAUGGUAGAUGAAAUCAGGCUCUUAAUGUUUAGGAUAUGUACACAGACAUGAUGAACUAGAAUUCGAACAAAAAAACCCCCCAAAAUGGUGAAUUUCUUCAGACAAGUUCUUCUCCUCUUGUGGAAGAACUUUGUAAUUCAGAGGAGAAAAGUAUGUGUGUCUGUGUUUGAAGUUAUACUACCAUUAUUAUUUGCGGUGAUCGUGUUGGUUGUAAGAAUAUUAGUGACAUCCGAACACAUUUCCGAACCGAAAAUCUACCCCAACAAGACUGUUCAGAUCUACAAGUGGUAUAAGUCAAGUAAAACUUUAAUAUACGCUCCAAAUAAUGCAAGAGUUGAUAGCAUUAUGGAUGAAUUUGUAUUUUUACUGAAUUCUGAGGCUGCACCAGUUCCAAAGUACAAUUUUUCAUCAAUGGGUUUUCCUACGGAAGAAGAAUUAUUGAAUUAUUACACGUUAAAUCCGGAAAAUAUAUCCAUAGCGAUAGUCUUUGAAGAUAUGACAGCAACAACUUCUGUUCUGCCUAAAAAUAUCAAAUAUUCCUUACGACCAAAGGAAGACGACGUUUCCAACUGGAGAACAGAUAGAACGGUUCCGUUUGCUCAAACGGGUGGACCUCGAACAAAUCCUGAUCCAGAUUAUAUAGGGACAUCAUUUUUGGUAUACCAGACCUUGAUGGAUCAGGCUAUUAUCAGAACCUGGAAUUCAACAGCUGAUUUCUCCAACAUUAAAUUUGAAUUACAGAAAAUGCCGUACCCACCAUAUUUCAAGGAUCCUAUGAUAAUAGUACUACAGCAACAAUUACCGUUAUUGUUAUUACUCAGUUUUAUACUUAACGUUAUAAUGACAGCUAAAAGUAUUAUUUAUGAAAAAGAAAGAAAAUUAAAGGAAUCAAUGAAAUUGAUGGGAUUAAGUAAUGCAGCUCAUUGGACAGCAUGGUUUCUAACUGUAUUUAUAUAUCUAACAGUAGCUAUGAUUAUCUAUACUUUAUUAAUGGGUUUGCCGAUAUCACCUAAAGGACCCGUUCUUACCAAUACAGACCCAUCAAUUAUAUUUGUAUUUCUGAUGUGUUAUGGUCUAUCGAUUAUUGCCUUCAGUUUUCUCAUCUCCGUUUUCUUUAAUAAAGCUAAUGUUGGUGCUGCUGCUGCUGGAAUUCUCUUCUUUGCUACUUAUGUACCAUAUUUCUUUAUCUCCACUAAUUAUGAGACAAUGACUAGAACUGAGAAACUAGCAGCUUGUCUCUUAUCAACACAGGCUAUGAGUAUGGGAGCUUAUACUAUCGGCCUAUACGAAGGAACAGGUGAUGGUAUACAGUGGAGUAAUAUAGCUGAACCUGCUACAGUGGAUGAUAAUUUCUCAAUGUUGGAUGCCAUUUUAAUGAUGUUAGGUGAUACAGCUAUUUACAUGAUAAUAGUUUGGUACGUGGAUAAUGUACAUCCAGGAGAAUUUGGAGUUCCGAAACCAUUUUAUUUUCCGUUCACUAGAUCUUACUGGUGUGGAAAUAAAACAGCAAAUUUCUCAAACAUUGCUGCAUCAACAAGUGAUCCAGCACAUUUCGAAAAAGAGCCGUCAGGCAUGAAAGCUGGUGUUACCAUAUCUGGUCUGAAAAAGGAGUUUAAAACGGGAGGUAAAAAGAAGAAAGCGGUUAAUAAUAUGAACUUGAAUAUGUUAGAAGGUCAGAUAUCUGUUUUAUUGGGUCAUAACGGAGCUGGAAAAACAACAACAAUGUCCAUGUUAACAGGUUUUAUAACACCAACCUCAGGAACAGCUAUUGUUAAUGGUUAUGAUAUAACAACUGAUAUAGCUGGUGUUCGAGAAAGUCUUGGAUUAUGUCCACAGCAUAACAUACUCUUUGAUACCAUGACUGUUGACGAACAUCUGGAAUUUUUUGCAUUGUUGAAAGGAGCAGAUAGAUCAUCAGUUAAAGCAGAAGUAGCAACAAUGGCUCAAGAGAUUGGAUUAGAAACCAAGCGAUCCACACGUUCAAUGCAUUUAUCUGGUGGACAGAAAAGGAAAUUGUCCGUGGGAAUAGCUCUUAUAUCUGAUUCAAAGAUAGUAAUACUGGAUGAACCGACAUCAGGAAUGGAUCCAGCAGCGAGAAGACAGACCUGGGACAUUCUACAAAGAAAUCGUGCCAAUAGAACUAUCAUUCUAACAACUCACUUUAUGGAUGAAGCAGAUUUACUCGGAGAUCGAAUCGCUAUCAUGUCGGAAGGAGAAGUUAAAUGUUGUGGUAGUUCUCACUUCCUUAAAAAAUUACAUGGUGCUGGCUAUCAUCUGGUAAUUGUUAAAUCGGAAACAUGUAACAUAUUCAACGUAACACAAGUCGUUCAGAAAUACAUUCCAUCCUCUGUGCUAGAAAGUCAGAUUAGUGCUGAAGUCUCUUAUCUAUUACCAAAUGAAGAAUCGGCUAAGUUUUCUGCCUUGUUUAGAGAAAUUGAAGAUAGGAAGAAUGAACUUGGAAUCAAUAGUUUUGGUACAUCAGCAACUACUAUGGAAGAAGUAUUCUUAAAAGUUGGAGAAGGUGUGGAGGAUGAAGAUGAUGAACCUCAGUUAAACGGCGUUCAAAAUCCGGCAUUUCAGAAAGAUGUGACUCAAAAUGGUAGCCCAAGUACAAAUGGAAAUGCAACAGAAAUUAAUAUUGAUAGAGAUAUAUUGGCUUUCAAUAAAGGCUUCAGACGAGUGAGUGGCUUUAAACUGGAAUUAUCACGAUUUUAUGGGAUGUUUAUCAAGAAGGCUAUCCAUACCUGGAGAAACAAAGUUGUCACGCUUGUCCAGCUACUAGUCCCAGUCUUUGCUACAGCAGCUGCACUUGCCAUUGCCAAUGUGCAGACGGAUCCUAUCCAAAAACCUUCUCUAACCCUUAACUUAGCCCCCUUUGGUGGAUCUAUAUCAAGUUAUGGUGUAUCCAAUGCUACAACAAUGAAUAACGAUCUAUCAGAUAAAUACGGAAACCUGUUUUCAGCUGCUGUAGAUACAGCUCAAAACUUAACAGCAACAGAAGCACAAGAUUACAAUUCAUAUUUUGUGAGUAAAGCUGCGGCCUUAGGAACCAGAACUUAUAACAGAAAAAUGGUCAUUGGAGCAGAGUUUUCUGAUGAUGGCGCUGGUAAUACUGUGGCUAAAAUGUGGUACAAUGGACAACCAUAUCAUUCUGCACCGAUAUCAGUUGCUUACAUGAUGAAUACAUUUGCUAGAUAUUUUUCUGGUGAUGAUUAUGAAAUUGAAACGAGAAACUAUCCCUUACCAGCAGACGCUGAAAAGAGUUCCAACUCAACGUCUUUAUUUUCUGGCAUCUUUGGCUUUGUGAUUGCCUUUUGUAUCUUAUUUGGAAUGGCGUUUUUAUCUAGCAGCUUUGUAGUUUUCUUGGUAAAAGAGAAACAGUUUGGUGCUAAACAUUUGCAGAAGGUGAGUGGUGUCGGAACCAUGGUUUACUGGCUGUCCAACAUAACCUGGGAUUUCAUCAACUACUUGAUUCCGUGUGUAUUGAUCAUUGCUGUGUUUGGAAUAUUUGGUACGGAAGAAUAUCUGUCUGGAAGUAACUUGGGUUAUGUCAGUUUAUCCUUUCUACUUUAUGGUUUAGACAUCUUGCCGUUUGUGUAUCUGAUGCAGUAUUUAUUUACCACACCUGCUACUGGAAUGGUCGUCCUUAUAAUCAUCAACAUAUUUACAGGUUUAGUUUCAUUAAUGGCUGUGUUUAUUCUGGGUAUGCCUGGUCUUGGUACAACAGAUGUAGCUGAUGCAUUAGAUUGGAUUUUUUCGAUUGUAUUCCCUCAGUUCAAUCUGGGUAAAUGUAUAAUGAAUAUUUAUACCAACUAUAAUAUAUUAGAUGCAUGUGGUCAACUUGGUUAUCCAGAUAUAUGUAGUACAAAGCCAGAGUUUCAAUGUUGUUUGGCUAAUUAUGUAACGGAAGAUUAUUUGUCAAUUGAAGUACCUGGUAUCGGACGCUAUCUUUUAUUAAUGGUUGUCCAGGCAGUCGUCUUUUUUGGUUUCACUCUUUUGAUAGAGGCCCAGAUUAUGCAGAAACUUUGGUACAAGAUCCGACCUGUAUCUAAAGAUGUCGCACCUGUCACUUAUCACCAAUCUAAUGGCAGUCUGAGGCUAAUGGAGGAUGAUGAUGUCUCGAAUGAAAAGGCGCGCUUAGCUAAUAUGUCUAUGGAUAGCGCUAAAGAUUCCUUUAUAUUGAAAGACUUGUUCAAGAGAUACGGAACAUUUGUAGCCGUUGAUCACAUCAGCGUGGGUAUUGCAGAACGAGAAUGUUUUGGAUUAUUAGGUCAGAAUGGAGCUGGUAAAACAACCACGUUUAAAAUGUUGACAGGUGAUGUGAUGUUGACAGAUGGAAAUGCUUAUUUAGAAUCUAAUGAUAUUAAAUCUGAUAUACAGAAGGUUCAGGAAAAUAUGGGAUAUUGUCCUCAGUUUGAUGCUUUAAUAGAUCAGAUGACAGGAAGAGAGACAUUAUAUAUGUACGGUAGAUUGAGGGGUGUGCCAGAAGAUCAUCUCAAGGGUGUGGUCAAUAGUUUGAUUGACAUUCUGAUGUUGAGGAAACAUGCUGAUAAAAAAACUCAAGUCUACAGUGGCGGUAACAAACGUAAAUUGAGUGUUGCUAUAGCUCUGAUUGGUGAUCCAGGUUUUAUUCUGUUGGAUGAACCGUCAAGUGGAGUUGAUCCGAGAGCCAGACGCCAGCUGUGGAAUGUUUUAUCUAAGGUUCGAGACAGCGGCAAAACACUGAUUUUAACGUCACACAGUAUGGAAGAAUGUGAUGCCCUUUGUACUCGAGUGGCCAUCAUGGUUAAUGGUGUAUUCAAGUGUCUGGGUAGUCCACAACAUCUAAAGAAUAAGUUCGGACAAGGUUACACUUUGAUCUGUCGCAUGAAAACGGGAGAAGAAGAUGGUGAAACAUAUCCAAUAUAUCCUCUAGUGGAAUUCAUCAAACAGCAAUUUCCUUCUACAAUCGUAUUUGAUGAUCACCAAGGUUACGCUCAUUUCCAGAUUCCAGAUAAAAGCAUUCCUCUUGCAGGAAUUUUUGAAGUGAUGGAAAAAUCGAAAGAAGAGUAUUUUGUUGAAGAUUACUCCGUUCACCAAACAACUCUUGAACAAGUAUUCUUAACAUUUACAGGAAAGCAGAUAGCGCCACGAGAAACCAAGGCAGGGCUUUGUCAAGGAUUUUCAUGUUGUUAGAAUGUGUAUUGUGGUCAUGUGAUUCCUUUGUAUACUUUAGUCCCAAACAAAACUAGUGAUUUAUUUCUCAAACUGCUUGCUCAGAUAUACACAUAUGUUAUCUGUGGGUAGACUUAUCCUCAAGGGUUCUUGAUUCAAAGUUAUGACGAAAUCAAAUUAAGUGGGGUUUAACGUCCUGCUGUUCUGCACUGACUGGUCAAAUGAUUCCAACACAAAAUCAGAUUUAUCAAUCUAAUUAAAGUACAGAUCUAUAUUUCGUUUUAUUUUUUUAUACUUUUGAUGGCCUACACUACAUGAAGAUCUGAUCAGUUGUACUGGGAGGUUGCAUCAGGGGUCAUCCGAUUGCCUUUUGACCCUAUGACGUUAGACAUUAAUAAUCAACCCGCAUUGUCGUUUCUAGGGGUUUACCCACAGUUCCGUGCAAGACAUGCCAAGAACUUGCUGUAACAGACUGUUUCAUUGGCUAAUUCCUGACAUCAACUAGAACGCCUGUUAUAUAACAACUCUUGCAGACCCUAGUUUUGUGAAGACAAAUAAAAUGAAAUUUUGAACUAUAAAAAACUGAAACGAAAUAGGAUCUGUGUUUAAUCAGAUUGUCAAAUUUCUGCACAUUUUGGAUGAAGAACAAAUGUCAAUAACCAUUUUUAUAGGUUGCUGUGAAGUAUCAUGUCUUCUAUGGUCCUUAGUGUCAUUGGUGGAAAUACUACUUUAUCAUCAAAGGAAAUCGAAUCAACACUUGUCUAAGGUCAUUUUGAAACGAGCAUUAAAGAAUUAGAUCUGUCAUCUCAUCUUCACCUGAUUCAGUAGGGCCAUCUUGAUCAAGAUAGAAACAAAUUAUACAUUGAUCAAAAACUACUUAGCUGUUUCUGUACAUUUACAGCACACAUUGAGGAAUAAUCUUAAAUGCCAUAGGAGAAGGGAAAUUUGUAAUGUUCUUUCUUCUUAUGACACUGUUGAAUCAAAGAAUCUCUGCUCCGGUUAACUAUUAUUGGAAUCAGUUAUAUGCGUCCAGGAUUUUUAUCUGUCAUAAAAGAGCCAUGACUUUUAUUUAACUUAAACAGCUAAUGCUGCUGAUCAUCAUUAGAAGGAUUUUGAAAACUCAUCUUUCACUAUAUUGUAAUCACAAUAGUUCAAAAAUGAUUCUAUUCUUUUCAGUAUUUUAAAAUAACACAGGGCUGGAUUUAUCAAUAGGCAAGUAGGUAAAUCUGAUGAAAAAAAAAGUGUUGAGUAAAAUAUUUUGAUGGGCCUCUUAUUGAUUCAAUUAAAGCAAAGCUGGGAAAUAUUUUUUUUCUUAAUUGAAUGUUAGAUAAUAAAUUUGAGUAAAUUUUAGCGGUGAUUAAGCUAUGAAAAGUUAGAUAUUGUCCCAAAAAUGCAAAUGAUGGUCAUCGACUUUAAUGACUAAAGAUUAAGUUUAAGUGUAUACAGAACAAGAACCCAGUAGGAUACUGUAAUACUAAUGUUUUGCAUUCAGGGUUUUAAUUUACUAGUUUAUUUACGUGACAUGUUUUUUAUCUCUUAAUUUUACAUAUUUUUUUUAUUUAAUAUAGUUUACUUAUAUUGUAUAUUACGUAGAUGUGUUCUUGUGAAGGCAUCAGAUUGGCUUGAGAAUUUAUUAAUAAGAUGCAGGACAAGUGCUGUUAUGAGAAUCAUUUGCCAUAUUAGAUUAUAUCUUUUGUUAGUGGGGCUUAACGUCCACUUACGCCUCUGGUGAUAUCCAGACAAAAUUAUAUCUUUAAAUAUUUCAUAUUUCCAUAUAUUAUGGAAGAUUAGAUAAAGAGUUGGCAGUUCUCACUGUAAUAGUUAAAAACUAGAUAAUGUAAAGGGAAUAUGCUGAAAAUUUCAGUCAAAUAGCUCCACUCUGAACCAAGACAGCAACGAUUGAAUAUUAGGCCUAGCCUCGAUCAUCAUUACUAAAGUCGGUACGAUAAAAAUAUAGUCUCGAUUAUCCAUUUUUGGAUUUAAUCAUCAAUGAGCUUUGAGCAGCAGAUCACAUUCAAAUCCAGUGAAAUUCUGACACAUAAAAUGUUACUGAUAUUUGAUUAUGGUCUUUCAUGUUAACAAAUGUCUAAUUAAUGAUUAUAAUUAUAUUAAAAUUUCAGGCCUAAAAAAUGUCCUGCAAUAGGCAGAUUUAGCUCUUGCAUAAUGUAUGGUUAAUGAAGCCAUUAACUAUGACAUCUUAAAAUAAUUGUUAAAUAUUGACAUAUAUGUAUAUAUCUAACCUGUAAAGCAUAAAUUUUAAAUAAAAUAAAAAAAUGAUUAAAACUAUUGCCAUUGGUAAUGCUAAGAUUUUCUUAAGGCAAUUGCUAAUAUCCGUUACUCAAGUAACCAAUAAUUAUUUAUUUGAACAUUAUACUUAAAGCACAACGUUAUUAUUUAAUGUUUUAUAGUUUGUUGUAUGUAUGUAUGUUAGAUAAAAUAAAUUUUCACCUUGUUAUUUACCUUAUAAAUGUAAAAUUGUGUGAUAUUGCUAUCUACCGGCAGUGUCAGAUUUAGAUGAAGAGGUGCCCUGGCUAUUACACCGAUAAGGACCCUCUCAAUCUCCCAUUCUCAUGACUAGACGAAAAUAUCAGAGUGUUUUAAAAAAAAAUGAAUAAAGAAAGACUUAUAUGACAUAGUCAAAAAUAUUACAGACCUUUACCAAUAGGAUUAAAAUACAGAUCUUUAUUUCGUUUCAUUUUUUUUUUUUUUUAUAUACUUUCGAUGACCUCUACUACAUGAAGAUCUGACCGCAUGCCAAGAACUCGCCAUAACAGACCCCUUCAUUGGCUAAUCCCUCACAUAAACCAUAGCGCAAGUUAUAUAACAACUCUUCCAGAUCAUAGUAAAAACCGGUAUAACAAAAUUUAGAACUAUAAAAAAAAAAAACGAAAUAGGAUCUGUGUUUUAAUCAGAUUGGACCUUGACUGUAGGCCUCCUAUACAUAUUGAGGUAAAUCUGACACUGUCUACUGGUAGUUAUUGAUGAAUACUGUAUGUGCCUCUUGUUAAUUAGAACAAGUUAAGAUAUACUAUGUUAAUAAAAAAAUUGUUUAUUACUGUUAGAUGUAAUGGUAAUUUUUACUGUUAUUGUUAACACUAAGAUUUCAUAUUUACACAGAUUAUGGGGCACACUGAUCAGCAGUGAAUAUUCAAUAGGUCGCUACAAUCACAGAUAAGGAGGACGUCAAUGCGACUUAAUGAGCCACAAAUAUUAACUUUUUUCCUGCCAAAAAAUUACAUUCUAAAACAUUUUUUUUUUAUAUAUUAGAAAAAUAAAUAUAGACGUAUUUGUAGGUAAAAAUUAUUUCCUAUUUAAUGUAAAUGGGUAUUAAAAUGAGUAAAAGGCACCAUUCUGCCUGAAGCAGUAAUGUCUUAUGUAAACAAUGCACGGCCAAUGGAGCCAAUAACUGAUGUCGGGUGACGUUACAUCACAUGUUGAAGGCCGUCAUCUUUUACAGAGCUAUUAGAAGACUUUCGUUAUCCUCUGUGAAACAGAUUGAUGAUGGGAGUCUCACAUGUUGUAGCAAAACAAGGCCUUAAAUAUUAUGAUUGUUUUAGCCAUGCACAACACUUACUAUACUGGAUCAUGGUGUAUAUUUCUCUUUAUAUUUUAUUAAACAUGACAAAACAGCAAAUUGCUGUAGUUUAGGACAAAAAGAGAUAGCUAUGUUUAUAAAAAAUAACCUGUUGUCAUAUGGCAAUUAUCGAAUAUGGUUUUAUUGAUAUAUUUGAACUGAUUUUGUUACAGCAUUAUCUUCAGAGAUCUCUAUUUCAAGGAAUCUAUAUAUAUAUAUACCUCCCGGAAUGUAUGAUAUAUUGUUUUCCCCUCUUUAUUGUACCCUUAUUUAGAAAUUUGGAUUUGAUUUUUAGCUAAUUAUUUAGAAAUUUGGAUUUAAUUUUUAGCUAAUAUUUCCCUCCUUUCUGAAACGUUUAGUGAAAUAGAAAUUGAAUCUAAUGAGGUCAGUGUUAAGCAUAAUUCUUAUCAUGUUAUACCAGGGUUAUAUCAUGGACAACUUUCUCAAUUAAUAUGUAAAAUUGUAUAUCAGAGUCUCAGAGAGCAAUUAUGUAUGUAAAGUUUGAGCAAUGCAAUACCAGAAGCAUAAUCUUAAAUAACUCUUUUCUUCCCCUUUCCUAAUUAUUAACCACCGCAUGUUCACAGGCUUCUUGUAGGAUCACUCUAUAUAUAAGCUGUAAUGAUGUCAAACAAACUGUGACAUGUAAUUCCAAAAUCGGCUAUACGGGCUGUGCUUCAACAAUAGCAUCGAUAUACAAACAUAUCAAAAUCAUUGAGGACGGGUCAGUGUCUUAAUGCAUUGAAGAGUCCAGUUGAAUUUUGUAUUGUAAAAUACUUCAACACAUUGUUAAAGAUGCUGCUAUAAUAGCUCAAAUAUAGAUGAUGGAAAAUGAAUAUUUUGAAAAUUUCAUUCAAAUUGAUUUAUUCCGAACAAUGUUAUGGCUACUUGAAGAUAUAGUGUAGAUUGUUUAUUAUUGUAGCAACAGUACCUAACAAACGAGACUAAAGUCUUGAUUAUCCAUUUUAUCAUUAAAUUUUAAAAUCUCAUAGGUGUUCAAAUCCAUUUAAAUCUCGGCCAUCCAAUGGUCUAGAGAGUUGGCAUGUAAAUAAAAAUAAGUCAAGACAAAAGAAAUACAAUAGGCAGAUUUAGCUCUUACAUAAUGCAUCUUUAAUGAAAGAGCAUAAUAUGUUGUUUAUGUUUUUAAAUAUGUCAUAUAUAUAAUAAUAUCCAUCAUCUGAAUAGAAGUUUGAUACUCUAUGUAAAAUCCAGCCAUUAUUCUCAAUAUCUAAAGUGCUUUGGUAUUUUAUGCAAAUUAUUUAUAUACUGAAAUAAUUAAACCACAAGAAUAUUUAAUUUCGAGUUAUUUAUAGAUGUAUUUUAUUUAAAAGCUGGACUUUUUACAAUAGAAUUUUAAAGUCAUUGUGGUACAAAAUGUAUGGUUUGGUAUUUACUGGUAUUCGAAUUUUAACUUACCAAUAUAAAAAACUUAAUUCCAAAAUGCAAAGAUUAUUUUUCUAUUUAAUAUCAACAUUUUUCUGACAUAAAUAUUGGAUGUUUUUCUUUGUUUAAACGUUUAAUAUUGUUAAAAAAUAAAAUAAAAGUAGCUUUGUCUAUA